CCCAUAGAAAACAACGACCAAAGAGCAUUUGUGCGCAAUUAGUUCAUUUCACGUUCUUACUUAGUAUUUACGUUUCCCUCCAGAUAUGUCUGAUAAGGAAAAGAUUACCGUAGUUCCCUUCUGAGCUUUGGUUCGUUUACGAGUGCCGCACUUUAUGACGGAGUAGACAUUUUGAAGAAAAAGAUGUUACACCAGUAAGAUGCUUCCUGGUAAAACAAAAGAAAAUGUAGCAACUUCUACAACAUCACUACCGUCCACAACCACAACGACAGCAACGACCACCACGCCUAUCCCAUCAUCUCUACCGUCCACAACCACAACGACAGCGGUGACCACCACGCCUAUCCCAUCCUGCCCUCAGCCGCCCAUUGUCCAGGACGCUGACCUGCUCACCACCGGGCCCUUCAUCGCCCACAGACGCAUUGAAUAUCAGUGCCAUACCGGCUUUAAGAUGACUGGCCUUUCCAACGAUAUGCUUUGUGAUGGUAACCUGCAGUGGACAGGCUCGCCACCCCAGUGUCUCCGGACUUGCCCGACCCCGCCAGUAAUCGCCAACGCCGUAGUCAAAUCCACGGGCCCAUACACAUCGGGCGAUACAGUAGAAUAUGAAUGCAGUGCUGGGUUUUUGAUGACGGGACAGGCAACACGGACCUGUGGGAACAGAUUCACAUGGGAGGGCAGUUCUCCUUCGUGUAACCCCACGUGCCCCAACCCUCCUGGUGUAGCCAACGCCCACCUCUCAUCAGCAGGCCCUUACCCCGUGGGGUCGCAGGCGUCGUAUGCCUGUGGGAGUGACUUCCAGAUGGACGGGUCGCCCACCCUGACCUGUGGCAGUGGCCUCCAGUGGCAGGGCUCGCCCCCGACUUGUAAACCCAUUGACCGGUCUCCUAGGAUAGAAACCAACCAGCAUAUUAACUGGCCUAGUGGGUAUUUUAACACUACACAGCCUUUCAAUAGCAAUGCCACCUCCUCAGGCGUCACUCCGGCUUUGGUUACAAUGGAUAGCUCUACAAGCCGAAAUUUAGCUACAACUUUCGCUUACACUCCCGCUGCUUUCGUCCCGCACCCUACUACCCCUUAUUUUCCACAAAAUCAGCAGGAACAACCAACACAAUCGAUAGUCACACCUAACACAUUUACAGGUCACAACCAACACAGGCCCCUUUCAAACUCCUUGUUUAGUCUAUUGACAUCAAUACCACCGCUCUGUCCGCAGCCGCUUGGAAUCCCAAACGGCGAAAUUAUCUCUAACGGCCCGUAUCAUCCUGCGGAUCUGGUGAUAUACCGAUGUUUGCCGGGAUUUGUGAUGAAUGCUAGGACAACGUCACAGGUUUGCGGAAGUUCAGGAUAUUGGAUUGGUGCCCCGCCGCAAUGCCAUGUCUUGCCAAAGUCGCCACCGGCCCCAGCUCCACCUUCUGUCAAAAAUAACCAAAUGGUGUUCAUCAAUAUUUCACUUUACUGGGGCAAUGGCAAGAACACGGGGUCUACUUUCACUGGAGACACUGGAGGCGGCUUCCCGACCUGGUUAGGGAUUCUUCUCGGGGUCAUUUUUGGCCUCCUCUUACUGGGCCUCCUGGCCUGGCUCAUCUGGGCCUGCUGCUGUGGCGGUGGCUGCUGUGGCGUUCAAGGUUGUAUGGGAGGAGGUGGGGGGACAGCGGGAUGCCAGGGAUGCUGCCCUCGUCGCACACACGUUGCCAAUGAGACAGAGUACGUCCGUUAUUCCAAAGAAAGUCCCGUGGCACAGAAGAGGGUCGUGAAGAAGAAAAUUACACGCCAGAAUAACGAGCCGGAGUAUGAUGUUGAACAUGCAUAUGAUCACGUAGAGAUCAUCCAUCUAGAUGAUGAUCAGGAACCAAAGAGACAAAAUAAGUCCUAUGGUCCUAAUGUCAGGAAAGAAGUUCAUUUCCACGAAAACGAUCUUAAAGACAGAGCGAGGCCUCUUAAGUCAACCAACAAACAGACACCCCCGGAAGUUGUUGAAAACGUCUACUAUCACCAUAAAACGCGGCGGUCGGCGCCUAAAGAAGAUCCAAAGCCCAGGCGUCGCAGUCCAUCCCCGUCUCCCUCUCCUCCGCCUCCCGCCAGCCCAUCGCCCGUGCAGCAGGUAAUACAUUAUUAUUCAUCCAAACCUCCUCAGCCUGGCUUAGACCCUAGGUCCCAUUCGUCCCCACACCCUCUCAGUUCUCCACGUUCAGAGGCUGAAGACAGCGACUCUUCGAGACGGAAACGACCAAGGCCACGCCAAAACGACGACGCAGACUCCCAGCCGAGUAGGACAUCAAAACGCAGUGCUGACGACUAUGACCCAGUGGACGGUUCUCCAAGCUAUCCAAACGACUUUAGAGGCAAAUAUCCAGAUGACAAAUACUACAGGAGACGCCCACAUUUAAGAAAUUGGCCAAGUGACGUGGAAGGGGACACGCCCUCAACCGUCGGCAGUCCUGUGUCCCCUCGAAGUGACGCAACUAUCAGUCCUACCCAAGUUGCUAGUCAGUUAAUCGACAGUAUGCAGGGUAGCCCACUCCCCCAGGCAACCCCUCGAAACUUGAAACCUAGGAAUCCGUCGAAUGAUAGUAUCAGGGAAAGCAACAAUGACCGUCCAGGCCUCAACCAUAAGAAUACAUCUUACUCGCCUGCAGAACAUAUGAACGGGCACCUGUAUGAAAAGCCAAUUAAGUCAACAUAUGCCAGACCGAAGGUUAUACGCAAUGAGAUCCACGUGAUUGAGGACAGUCCGCCAUCGUCUCAGCAGACGACACCACGCGCCCCGCCCCCACCGCCAGUCAUCCAGCCGGUGCAGCCACCUGCUCCGCCCAAGAAAAGACUGAAAAAUGACAAACUUCAGGAAGUCAUCCACGCGGUGGUGGUGAAUAAGAAAAAGAAGAAAAUAGAAAAUCCACAGAAGCCGUUAUGGUGGCCUCACAGUAAACCUGUGCGCCAAAUCAACACCAGUACCAAGUGAAAACCAUUUAUUCAUAUUACAUUUUCAUGCCUAUUCGAUAGAAAUGAAUCUACACGAAGUCAUUCACCCACAUUCUUUGGGUAUUCUCCGAAAUAUCGGGUGCAUGUUGCGAUUCAUAGCGUGCUAUAUAGCUUUAUUGGUUGUUACCGUACCAGUGCAAGUAAAGUUGGAAGAAAAUGUAGGUCUAAUAUCCAAUCACAGCAACACUGAUUCUGAGAAUAAGCCAUGCAGUUUGUAAAUAUAUCCCCCUGAGUUCAAAGUCAUAAUGCUGAUUUUCAACUAUUUUCGGAUUUAUCAACGUCAUUGAACC